GGCCCCAUCAGCAUUCAAUCAUGACUGUAAGUUUGUAAGUAUACUGCUGUAGUAUUUUUAUUUAUCUAUUUAUUUUGUUAUAUUUUUUUUUUCUGACGAGAAAUUAUACAAGUAUUUUCCUAGUCAACCAAUCUUCUUCUUCUGCUAUUCCUAUUACAAUUUACAAUUACUCUACACUUCUUCUUUUUUUCUUUUUUUUUUUCCCUUCUCUUUCUUCUUCACCCACCAUUUUUCCAAUACUACCCAUCUUCGAAGAAGAAGAAAUUUUUAAUAUUUCAUUUAUUUAUUAUUUGAUGAUUGUGGGUUUGCUUGCCGCGGCUAAAAUUCUUUAUACACCCUGUAAUUCAAGCAGUUUCUUCACGCGUUGGAUCAUAUUUUAAGGUGAUCCGCUGAUUUUUCUCCUGAAUUUUAGGAGGUGCUGGUUGAGCAAUAUGUGAGCUUUAUCAAUUCUUGUGGGCUCUUUGUGUAAUAUGGCCGGGAGUUCAGGUGGAAGUAGAGACUUUGAUAACCAGUCAGAUGAUAGCUCACCAGUUGAGAAACUGCAUGUAGAGCCCAUUUUUAGCCCAUUUGUUUGUCCUUUAACAAAGCAGGUCAUGCGUGAUCCAGUAACCAUAGAAAAUGGAAACACUUUUGAACGGGAGGCAAUUGAGAAAUGGUUCAGGGAAUGUAAAGAGACUGGAAAGAAGCCUAUGUGUCCAUUAACUUCGGAGAACCUGAAAAGCACAUAUUUGAACCCGAGUAUAGCUCUGAGGAACACAAUUGAAGAAUGGACUGCAAGGAAUGAAGCUGCACAGCUUGAUAUUGCUCGUAGAUCAUUAUCAUCAGGGUCAUCAGAACGGGAUAUACUUCAAGCAUUGAGACAUGUGGAAUACAUUUCAAAAUGUAGCAGAUCAAAUAAGCAAGCGGUUCAUAAUCCAGAGAUAGUGCAAGCAAUUGUUGAAAUGCUUAGAAACAGCAGCAAGAAAGUACGACAUAAAGCUUUGGAAACUCUACGGGUCAUAGCAGAAGAGGAUCCAGAUAUGAAGGAAGUAAUGGGUGAAGGAGGCACUGUGCGUACCAUAAUGAAAUUUUUGUCCUCUAAAUCCUCACCAAAAGAAAAAGAAGAAGCUACCUCUUUGCUAUAUGAGCUUUCUAAAUCUCAUAAUCUUUCUGAAAAAAUUGGUUCAAUCAAUGGAGCAAUCCUUAUCUUGAUUGGGAUGGCCAGCAGCAAGUCAGAAAACAUAUUGACUACGGAGAAAGCUCAUAAAACCCUGGAUAAUCUGGCGCAGAGUGAACAUAAUGUUCGGCUGAUGGCUGAAAGUGGUAGACUGCAGCCUCUUUUGACACUGCUUCUUGAAGGACCUCUUGAAACUAAAUUAUCCAUGGCUUCAUUACUUGGUGACCUGGGUUUAAACAAUGAUGUUAAGGUUCUGGUCGCUGAAACUGUUGGUUCAGCACUUGUGGAUCUCAUGAAAAAUAAUGACAUACAAUCAAGAGAAGCUUCAUUGAAAGCCCUGAACCAGAUAUCAUCGUAUGAUGCAAGUGCAAAGGUAUUAAUUGAAGCAGGAAUUCUUCCUCCUUUGGUGAAUGAUCUUUUUGGUGUUGGUGUGAAACAGCUUCCCAUGCGACUAAAAGAGGUUUCAGCUACUAUUCUUUCACAUGUGGUGAAUUCAGGGUAUGACAUUGAUUCAGUAAUAAUAGGGCCUGAAAACCAGACAUUAGUUUCUGAAGACAUAAUACACAACCUCCUACAACUAAUUAGCAACACUGGUCCAUCAAUUGAGUGCAAACUCCUCCAGGUCCUUGUUGGAUUGACCAGUUACCGUAAAACUGUUCCUAAUGUGGUUGCUGCCAUCAAAAGCUCUGGUGCUACCAUCAGUUUGGUCCAAUUCAUUGAGGAACGGGAUUUGCGUUUAGCUGCCGUGAAGCUUCUGCAUAACCUCUCUUUUUUUAUGGCCCAAGAACUAGCUGAGGCUUUACUCGCAGCUGGCCAGCUUGGGGCUCUUAUCAGAAUUAUAUCAGAGAACAAUGGAAUUACUGAAGAGCAAGCUGCAGCUGUUGGCCUAUUGGCUGAACUCCCUGAAAGAGAUCUUGCACUCACUAGGCGAAUGCUUAAAGAAGAUGCUUUCGGGCUGAUUAUAUCUAGAGUAAAGAGAAUAAGGCAGGGGGAGGCAAGGGGUGGUCGUUUUAUGACUCCAUACCUAGAAGGAUUGGUUCGUUCUCUUGCAAGGAUUACAUAUGUGUUAGAUGAAGAUCCCGAGAUAUUGGCUUUUUGUCGUGAGCAACAUCUUGGAUGGCUAUUCACUGACUUGCUGCAGGCCAAUGGGACUGACAUUGUGCAAAUAGCUUCUGCUUGGGCUUUGCAGAACCUUUCAUCGGAAUCCAAAAACUUGACCAAAAAGCCCGAGCUUCCUUCACCUGGUAUUUUGGCAAUUAUCUUCGGCUGUUUUAGCAAACCACCCUCAAUAUCUGGAUUAUGCCCAGUUCAUCAGGGUCUCUGUUCUUUGAAGGAGACAUUUUGUCUAGUGGAGGGUCACGCUGUUGAAAAGUUGGUGGCACUUCUAGAUCACACGAAUGAGAAUGUUGUCGAGGCAUCGCUUGCAGCUCUAUCCACCUUGUUGGAUGAUGGAGUUAACAUUGAAGAAGGGGUUAUUACAUUGCACAAGGCGGAUGGAACCAAACCCAUCUUGGAUAUUUUGGUGGAAAAACGAACAGAAGACCUGAGGAAGAGGGCGGUUUGGGUAACCGAGAGGCUCCUACGGAUCGAUCUAAUAGCAUAUGAAAUUUCGAAUGAUCAGAAUGUUGGAACAGCGCUUGUCGAUGCCUUCCAGCAUGGAGACUACCGCACUAAACAAAUAGCUGAGCGUGCAUUGAAGCAUGUUGAUAGAAUGCCGAACUUCUCAGGGAUAUUCCCCAACAAUGGAUAGUCUGCAAUUUUCUUCCGAUAUUUUUUCCAGAAAAUUGGCAAAGUGUGUACAAUGCGUUAUGGGUGUUAUAGGAAAGGGUGGCGAAAAUGUACAAGUGUGUAGUAUGUUUUAACAUUUGUUGUAAAGUCCAUUAUGUCAAAUCUUUUGUUUUGAAAUGUUUACAAGACUACUUUUGCAUUUAUUAUUAUUAUUUUUAUUUAUUUUUU